AUGGAUGAAAAAGAUUUGGUCAUCUCAGAAGUGGAGACAAUUAAUGCGUCUUUUAUUGCCAAAAAGCCAGUUGAUUCAUUCAAUGAAGGCGAUAGUAUCUAUGAAAAAGAUCGACUGGAGCUAAUUUGCAUACUUCCAUUGAACGAUGAUUUUGAUGUUAGCUGGGUACGAGAUGAUGUUCAGUUACCACAUCCGGAACGAUAUGUCACCAUAUACUCUCAAAAAUUCAUAACAGCGUUGGAUGAUAUUAGUUCAGAUGAGUCCGGAGAUUAUCAGUGUAUCGCCAAAUCGAAAAAUCGCCACAUUUCUCGCAGUUAUACAUUGCACAUCAAAGUAAACCCAGUAGUCGCUCCUUACAUCGUUGAGGCAAAUGAAGAAUAUGAGCAUCUGGCACAAUAUGGAGAAAGAACAGAACUUGUGUGUCCUAUUGAGGGAGAGCCAGAACCACUUUACAAAUGGCUUAAAAAUGGCAUUGAGUACAAUGGUUACGGCAGCUUGACGAAGAAAAUUGAUUUUCCUCGAGUUAUUAUUGAAGAUAAAGCAACUUAUACAUGCAUUGGAAGAAAUCGCGCCGGUUCAGAACAAUUAACCAAUGAACCGGCUUACAUUCGGUCAUCAAAAUAUUGGUGGACUGUUGGUUUUGCAGUAGUUAGUGUAUUGGUGUUGCUUCUUCUAGCACUUGUUUUCUUAUUGAAACAACGUCGCAGAGGUAAGCGACAAGAGGAACAACUGCGAGCACUUUACAAUCAGUUGAUGAGUGAAUCGAACGGAGAAUAUCAUGAUGGACCCAUUGAUCUCAAGCAACCACUGCAUGAGCGCGUUGAACAGCUACCCUAUGAUCGCAGAUAUGAAAUUAGCAAGGAUAAGCUUUUUUUUAAGCAGUUACUUGGUGGAGGAAAUUUCGGACAGGUCUACUUAGGUGAAUUGAGCAAACCUCGAGUGAGCGAUUCAUUAGCUGUGUCACACGUGCUGAGAGUGGCUGUCAAAUCUCCACGAGAUGGACGUAAUUUACAUCAUCAAAAAGCACUUGCUGAUGAGCUGAAAAUAAUGAUCGCCAUUGGUAUUCAUCCAAAUGUUCUGUGUUUGAUUGGUGCCGUAACGAAACAAAUGUCUAGUGGGCAACUGUAUGUGAUCAUGGAAUAUUGCGAGAAUGAUAAUUUGAAAGAUUAUUUGUCGAAAAAUAGUGCAGGUUUCCUGAAUGAAGUUGAAAUAAGUAGAGAACCUUUGAGCAGCGAUGGAUAUUUAACACCAACGCGGAACGCACAACAUGAAACCCAAAUUUACUUGGCAGAGUUAAAACCUCAAUGGGCCAUUGAGGUAGAUGAGGCAAGGAUGGCUGAUAAAAUGAUCACCACGGGUGAUUUGAUCUCAUUUGGAUACCAAGUUGCCAACGGAAUGGAAUACUUAUCUAGUAAAACGUGUAUUCAUCGAGAUAUCGCUGCUCGAAAUAUCCUGGUAACAAAGAAGCGAGCAAUACGCAUAGCAGAUUUUGGUUUAGCACGUAAGGACUCCACAGUUUAUCAUAUACGAAACAGUCAAAAUGUACCUUUACCUCUCAAAUGGAUGGCAUUAGAAUCAAUUUUAUACCACAAUUUUACCGAACAAUCUGAUGUUUGGUCCUAUGGUAUACUGUUAUGGGAAAUAUUUUCUCUUGGUAAAGUUCCAUAUCCACAAGUAGACAAUGACAACCUUGUGAAUUAUUUGCAAGAAGGAAAUCGUAUGGAACAACCCAAACUUGCUCCAGAUGAUAUAUAUAACCUGAUGAGACAAUGUUGGCUUUCGGAUCCUAAUAACCGACCCAUGUUCUCCGAAUGCAAAGUUUUGAUGAAAACACAUCUUUCGCGUGCUUCUCCACCGCUGAGCAUACGGCUUGAUAAAAUGUUAGAAGAAGACCAGAUUUUGAUGGAAAAGUACAGCGAAUGGCGUGAUUCAGAGGAGAUUGAACAGGAUCUUAGGUCGCAAGCUACUCGAAAUGGAUUUAUUGCUGUUCCAACUCAAGAACCUCAAGCAAAUUCCAAUAUAUACAUGUAG